AUGUAUACAACAGACAACAUCAACCACCAACACUACCAUAUCCACGUAUACAACAGACAACAUCAACCACCAACACUACCAUAUCCACUUAAUACAACAGACAACACCAACCACCAACACUACCAUAUCCAUGUAUACAACAGACAACAUCAACCACCAACACUACCAUAUCCACUUAAUACAACAGACAACACCAACCACCAACACUACCAUAUCCACUUAAUACAACAGACAACAUCAACCACCAGCACUAACAUAUCCAUGUAUACAACAGACAACAUCAACCACCAACACUACCAUAUCCACGUAUACAACAGACAACAUCAACCACCAACACUACCAUAUCCAUGUAUACAACAGACAACAUCAACCACCAACACUACCAUAUCCAUGUAUACAACAGACAACAUCAACCACCAACACUACCAUAUCCACGUAUACAACAGACAACAUCAACCACCAACACUACCAUAUCCACUUAAUACAACAGACAACACCAACCACCAACACUACCAUAUCCAUGUAUACAACAGACAACAUCAACCACCAACACUACCAUAUCCAUGUAUACAACAGACAACAUCAACCACCAGCACUACCAUAUCCAUGUAUACAACAGACAACAUCAACCACCAACACUACCAUAUCCACUUAUACAACAGACAACAUCAACCACCAACACUAUUAUACCCACUUAUACAACAGACAACAUCAAACACCAACACUACCAUACCCACUUAUACAACAGACAAUAUCAAACACCAACACUACCAUAUCCACUUAUACAACAGACAUCAACCACCAACACCACUAUACUCACGUAUACAACAGACAACAUCAACCACCAACACUACCAUAUCCACUUAUACAACAGACAAUAUCAAACACCAAUACUACCAUAUCCACUUAUACAACAGACAACAUCAACCACCAACACUAUUAUACCCACUUAUACAACAGACAACAUCAAACACCAACACUACCAUACCCACUUAUACAACAGACAAUAUCAAACACCAACACUACCAUAUCCACUUAUACAACAGACAUCAACCACCAACACCACUAUACUCACGUAUGCAACAGACAACAUCAACCACCAACACUACCAUAUCCACUUAUACAACAGACAACAUCAACCACCAACACUAUCAUAUCCACUUAUACAACAAACAACAUCAACCACCAACACUACCAUAUCCACGUAUACAACAGACAACAUCAAACACCAACACUACCAUACCCAUGUAUACAACAGACAACAUCAACCACCAACACUACCAUAUCCACUUAAUACAACAGACAACAUCAACCACCAACACUUCCAUACCCACGUUUAUAACAGACAAUAUCAACCACCAACACUACCAUAUCCAUGUAUACAACAGACAACAUCAACCACCAACACUACCAUAUCCACUUAAUACAACAGACAACAUCAACCACCAACACUACCAUACCCACGUUUACAACAGACAAUAUCAACCACCAAAACUACCAUAUCCACUUAAUACAACAGACAACAUCAACCACCAACACUACCAUACCCAUGUAUACAACAGACAACAUCAACCACCAACACUAUUAUACCCACGUUUACAACAGACAAUAUCAACCACCAACACUACCAUAUCCAUGUAUACAACAGACAACAUAAACCACCAAGACUACCAUAUCCACGUUUACAACAGACAUCAACCACCAAUACUACCAUAUCCACUUAUACAACAGACAAUAUCAACCACCAACACUACCAUACCCACGUUUACAACAGACAAUAUCAACCACCAACACUACCAUAUCCAUGUAUAUAACAGACAACAUAAACCACCAAGACUACCAUAUCCACGUUUACAACAGACAUCAACCACCAAUACUACCAUAUCCACUUAUACAACAGACAAUAUCAACCACCAACACUACCAUACCCACGUUUACAACAGACAAUAUCAACCACCAACACUACCAUAUCCAUGUAUACAACAGACAACAUAA